AUGGAACAUUUUGGGGUGAUUGUGAGCCCCCAGUUACAACAAAAACAAACCCCCAAUGAAUCAAAUAAAGCGAAACCUACUGUACCUCAAGAAUCAGGAGAUUCGAGUGAUUUGAUGUUAGAAGAAGUGGACUUCGGAGGGUUGUCUUCAGCGAAAUACGACUCAAAGCGCCGACAAUUAGGAGAAGAGCGGCGCCGAGAAUAUCAGGAAUUUCUGGAACAGAAAUCGAGAUUUGAAUCCGAAAAUCGAAAUAAAAGAUCGAAAAGAGUUCUAAAAGUGGAACAGAAUUAUAAAGAACUGCUAAAACAGAAGCGAAUCGAAGAACAUAAGCGCAGAGAACUGAAUGGAGUCGAAGAUAUGGACAUCGAUGGUAUAGAAGAGCAAGAAUACGGCAAAAAUGGUUAUACAGUACCAAUUGUUGGGCAGUUUUAUUGUUCCAAUAAUAAGUUUAAUCCCGAUUACAUUACACCGAGAUCUCGGUUAUUGGCCACACAUUCCAGUCGUCUAAAAGCACAAAAAUAUAGCGAAGAACUGAGAAAACAGUGCGAAGAGAAGCAAUUGAUUAAAGACGAGGAAAGAGAGAGAAUAAGAGUAGAAGAAGAAGAGUUGGAACAGAGGUUAGAGAUCCAGAGAUUGAAACUAUUGCGUGAAUACGAAGCCGAACACCAUAUUCUUCGUGAAAAGGCUCGACACUCACCUCAUAAGGAAGAUGUGAUCAAAUAUAAGGGACAUUCCAUUCCAAUCCCGUCCUCACCCCUGUCUCUGUUAAGAAGCCCUACAUAUAUGCCUUUGAGUGAAGGACAACAAUUGGCCGCUUCUCCGGCGACCAACAAAUCCAAAUCCGUCUCCCGAUCUCUGGCCUCAGCUAUGAGUCAAUCAAUGCCAUCAAAGCACACGACAGCCCACAAAAUCGAUAUAACAGAUCUCAAUACAAGCCAAAUACAGAAUCACAGUUCAGACGCCGAUUCCUCUUCCAGUGAAGACGAGAUAAAUGAAGAGCAAACCAAAGAAACGGAAUUUCGUAAAAGAAUUUUGAGUCAAUUGUCAGAAGUGAGACAAAUGAUGGAAACCGAUCACAUCUUAAUGAUGGAAGAACUCAGACAGCAACAAAUGGCUGAGUGAUCACUACAAUGGCAUUCAAACAUAUCAUACAUUUUAUACUCAGUUUACAGUUUUCUUAAGAUUUUUAUAUAUUCAUCGAAAAUAUUCUCACAAUCCGUUGUAUUGACGC